AUGUUAGAAAAGGAUGUGCCACUCCCCUCUGCGAUCUGUGUCAAAGGUGAGAAGAUGCUAAAGACAUGGUAUUUUAUUCCUGCUGUGUUGGCUUCCUUGAGGCUUGAGGCUAAUCCUGGUCUUAAAGUGAGGAUUACUUAGAAGGGGCUGGCCUAUGUUAUGACAGCAGGCAGAAGGAUUGGGAUGGAGCUACUGAAGCAAGCACUAUUGAAAGAGACUUUCCCAAGCUGGAGUGGGCAGGAGAGUUUCUCAGUUGUUAAGAUCAACUAUAUCAUUUCAAGGCUCAGAAUUAAUGCUGUAGAUUUCUCAGAAACCUCUUCUUGCUUUAUUCCUGGCACUGGUAUUUAUCUGUCAGUGGCACAGGCUUCUGCUACAAUCAGUGCAGACUGGAGAAUACACACAUGGCUACUGGAAUUUGGCUUUUUUUCCCCAAGCAGCAAAGACCAAGGAGAAAUUGCUGUGUUCCUCUCAGGACAGUUUAUUGCCUUUGUCUUAGGUGUGUCAGGGGGUAGCACAAGCCACUUGUCCACAUUGCUACACAGUUGCCAGCUGAGCAUUGAUAGUGUUAAAGUCAAGUUAAGUAGAGCAUCUAGCUGGAUCUACAGCUUUCUAUCUGGUUAUCUUGAUAAGCCCAUUCAUACCAAAUUGGAUAAAAAUCUAUGCCUAAAUAUCAAAUACAAAAUCCAACCAAUGGAUGCACUGCUUAGAAAGCAUAAGGGUGAGUUGCCAGCCUUUGCACAAGUAGACUAUUCCCUAGUUAGCUCUCCAGCAGUCUCCAAACCACACAUUAACUUGGAUUUGAAGGGCAUAGUCUAUCCAGUAGGAAAUCACACAGACCCUCCCUUUGUGCCAGUUACAUUUGCUCUCCCAAACCAGGGUGGUUCCAUGAUAUAUGUGGGAGUCUGCAGUCUUAAGUCUGCUUCACUGGCUCACUACAGAGCAGGGGCCUUUAACAUCACUAUUUCCAAAGAGUUUGAUAGUACUUUUAAUCUAAGCACUUCCCUACUCAGACAUUUUAUUUCUGAGAUUGCUUGGAGUUACACAGCAGCAGGCCCAGUGCUGCUGAGGCUGAUGGCUACAUCACCUCCUGCAGUCAGUUUAAAUGCAGGCAGAUGUGUCCUACAGAUCACUGACUGUGUAGAAGUGUUUGCUGUUCUGCCAACUUCAACCACCCAGUACAUCUUUGCAGGGAAUCUAACAGCCAUUACCAGAGCCAAUUUGACUAUAAGCAAACAGGAGUUAAUUAUCUCAUUACUUCUGAAGAGGUUCCAGUUCUCCCUGUUGCACUCCAGUCUUGGUUUCCCUGAUCAGAAAUCACUGGUGGAGAAUUCUUAUGCUUUACAGAGAAUAGUGAUUCCAGAAAUCAAUGAUAAACUAGGGAAAGGAUUUCCUUUUCUUAAUUUUGCCCACACUAGCCUGACUGGAUCUGUAAUAAAAAUGAAUCAGGGUCAUCUGGUUAUUUACACUGAUGUUCUCUAUCAACUGGAGGGUGAGGAGGACAUUCACAGCCUCUGCUGA